CCCGAUGCUUUGCCUCCCCGACCAGCCCCCCCAAGCCACCGACUCUCUUCCUCCUUGAAAACCUGGUGAGAUCUUGAUGAAAUUUCUCCUUCUUUCUUGCUUAAUCACAAGAUUUGGGGCUUAGAAUUCUCUCUCUCUACCCAGAAAUCCCGGAUCUGCUCUGUUCUUCUCCCUUGUCCGUCGGGUUCUGCUGGGUUUGAAUCCUUCGGUUUUUCUGCUGCGAGUUCCCCUGCAGAAUUUCUUCUUCUCUGCCGCCGGCUUCUCCCCCCCUGCUAGGCUCGGUUUUUGGCUGCUAAAUUUUGGUUCCCGAUCGUUCUGUCAGUUAGCACUGAGAUUGAGUGCUCGGUUUUAUGCGAGUGAGGUAAGUAAAUUAUGGUAAAGCCCUUCGAUUUUAAAGCACGUUUUAAAUUGUUUUUGAGAUGGUGGCAAGGUUUAAAUUGAUUUUAAAUUGAUUUUAAAUUGAUUUUAUCAGCAUCUGAGUGUGAUUAAAUUGAAAUGAAAAGUUGGAUGAUUUUCAUGAGAGUUUCCUUGUUUUUUUGAAAUUGAGCAUAAUUGAAAUGAAAAUGAGGAUUUUAUUAAUUUUCUGGAAAUGAGCAUGAUUGAGAAAUGAAAAUGACAAUUUCAUUGUUUUUCUGGAAUAGAGCAUGCCUAUUUGGGAAUUGACUAAACUGCUUUGAUGAACUGAGAAUUUUGUAAAUGUUGAGUUUUCUGUUAAAUCCAUGCCUGCAUGGAACUUUUCCGGUUUGUUCUGAAAUUUGGGAUUGAUUAUGAAAUUCAGGUUUUUUGUAAAUCCUGCAUGGUUUUGUCUCGAAUAUAGUUAUGAUUAUUGAUGAUCCUGCUAGUGGGGGUUAAACGCUAGCACAUGUCGGCGCGUGUCGAUAUGUUAUUGAUGAUCCUGCUAAUGAGACUACUGAACUGAGUUUUCUUCUGCAUUAACGGUUUGUCAGGAAACGUUUUGUUAUUGAACUGAAUCUGAUUUUGCAUUGACGGUUUUGUCAUUGAACGUUUUGCUAUUGAAUCGAAUUUGAUUUCCGCAUUAACGGUUUAUCAGUGAAAGUUCUGCUAUGCUUAUAUGGUUUAUCUGGCAUGCUUAAAAGUUUUACCCAAGGGCUAUCCAUAUUUACUUACUGAGUUAUCUCAUAGUUUUCCUUGUCCACUAUUUCAGGAAGCGAAAUCGAGGACGGGGAAAACCAAGGGGAGUGACGAGUUAGAAGGCUAGCCAUCUUGUAAAGUGAAUAUAGAUUUGAGAUGUAGAUCGUGAUCUUAAGAGUUAGAGUGUAUGUGGAUAUUUUUGAUAUCAGAGCAGACUGUAAAGAUUUUAUCUUGAGAUUUUGUGGUAUCAGAUUGUGAUUUGAAUAAGUUCAGAGCCUUGUGCACUUGUGGGAUCCGUCUCACUAGUAUAUGGCGUCUGCCACGUCCCCGGAUUUGGACCCGCGUAUCUUGCUCUUCUUCUUCCUCCCGACCCCCUGCAACCCGACAAGCUCCCCAGCUACUGCCACCCAUCUCCGGCCGGGAACACCGGUAAAGCUUGGAAAUUUCUCCUCCUUUUCUUGUUCUAGAACACCUAUUAAACCCAAAAUUUUCCAGAUCUGCUCUCUUCCCUCUGCCGCGAGCUCCCUGUAGCUGGGUGGGUGAAAUUUUCGAUCAUUUUGGUUGCCGUGAGUUCCUCCAUUUCUUUUCCCCGUCGGCUUCCUUCCCAGCCGGACCUGGUGCUGCUUGCCGGAAUUUUCUGGAAUAUCGUGUUCCAAUUGGGAGGGAACAAUGAGGCUUUGGUUUGGUUCAUGGAUGGUGAUAGAUGUGUGGUGUAAUGUGAACAGGAAGGAAGCAGCGGCAAUUAGUUUGUUGAUAAUGGUGGUGGUGGUUUUGCAGAUUUAUUAUGUGUGAGGUGUUGAUAAGCAUAAGUUGAACAUGAGUUUUCUGUCUUAUGUGAGUGAGGAAGCGAAAUCGAGGACGAGAAACCAAGGGGAGUGACGAGGUAGAAGACUAGCCAUUCUAAUUGGAUAUAAGUUUUAGAUUUUAUCAUCCUUUUGUAAUGUAGAUUUUAUUCUUGAGAUUUUGUGAUUUGAAUAAGUUUCGAGCCUUGUGCACUUGUGGGACCCGUCCCACAAGUGUACGGCAUUUGCCACAUCCUCGGAUUUUGGUUUUGAGGCGUAACAAGCAUGAAGAAAUACUAUUUAGCAUU